AUGGGGGCUUGGGCCCUUCUGUGGCCUCUCCUGCUGCCGCUGCUCAUCGGGCUGCUGGGUCAACUCCCGGAGGCUCAGGCCCAGGCCUGCACCGUGAGUGAGAACUUCUUCGAGGUCGAGGAGAACACGAAUCUCACCGAGCCCCUGGUGAACAUCUCCACCCCGGAGGGCUAUCAGGUGACCCUCGGGUCCUCGUCCACACCCUUUGCAUUUCUGAUCCUGAGGAACCAGCUGUUUCUCAACGUGAUUCCUGAUUAUGAGGAGAACUCGAUACUGCAGGCUGAGCUGGAGUGCAAGCGGGGGGAAACACUGACCCGGAUCCUGACCUCCAUGUCCCACCAGGGCCUCGACCACCAGCUUCUCCUCUCUGGAACCUUCCAAGUGAUCCUCUUGCUCCCCUCCUGCCCCUGCCCGCCCCAUCCCACUCUCUGCAUGGCAGAGUGGCUGGACCCCGAGCCCCCCUCCCCGACACCACAGCACGACACCCACGAUGCCCCAGUGCGUGCCUCUAAAGGACCCUUCUUUCUGAGACGUAGCUGUCAUACCGACAUCACACCCCAGAAAAGCAGUAGCUGCCACCAACCUGUGACAUCCGGAGCGCUGCCUCUGCCCGCGGCCGCAGAGGCGUCUGCUCCAGCUGCUCGAAUCGGGAUCCAAGCCAGGUCCACAGCCCGCAAACGGCUGAUGACUCUCUCAAGUUUCUCCAUCCUCCUCUGCCCCCAGGACACCAAGGUGAACUCUACCGUCAUCCCUGAGGAGGAACUGGAGGCCGAGGACCGCGACAAGGACGACAUCCUGUUCUAUACCCUCCAGGAAGUGACCCCGGGCGUCAGGGACUUCUUCUCCCUGGUGGGUGCAAACCGCCCCGCCCUGAGGCUGGACCAGCGUCUGGACUUCUACAAGUGGCCGAGCGUGACCUUCCUGCUGCUGGUGCGGGACACCCGGGAGGAGAACGCAGAACCCAGCCACACGGCCACGGCCACCGUGCUCCUGGAGGUGCUGCCCGCCGACCUGCGGCCCCCUUGGUUCCUGCCCUGCUCCUACUCGGAUGAUCACGUCUGCAUCGAAGCCCAGUACCACGGGGCUGUGCCCACGGGACAGCAACUGCUGCAGCCCCUCAUCCUGCGCCCUGGGCCCGUCUACGCUGUGGAUGGAGACCGAGGCAUCAAUCAGCGCAUCCUCUACAGCAUUUUAACAGGAAACGUGAACAACACAUUUGUCAUCGGUGCAGACUCAGGCAAUCUCACCAUGAAAAGUAGUGUCCCCAGCCCCAUGACCUUCCUUCUGGUGGUGAAGGGCGAGCAGGCCGACUUUGCCCGCUAUUCGGUUACUCAAGUGACAGUGGAGGCCCGCGCUGCCAACGGGAGCCUGCCCCACUUCCCCCAGAGCCUGUACCACGGCACCGUGGUGCUUGGCUCUGGAGCAGGCGUGGCAGUCAAGGACGCAGAUGACCCCUCUCAGCCUCUGAGGAUCCAGGCUCAGGACCCAGAGUUCCCGGACCUCAACUCUGCCAUCAUGUAUCAAGUCACCAACCACUCAUACUUCUGGAUGAACGGGGAGACCAUGCUGACCACCACGACCCUGACAAGAGCAGAAGUCUUCUAUGCAGAGGUUGAGGCCAAGAACACAGUGACCUCGGGCACAGCAACCACAGUUGUCGAGAUACAAGUUUCAGAGAAGGAGGUCCCCUCCACAGGGAUGCCGGCAGAAGGCCUCGCCCAGGACCGGCGCUUCUCAGUGGUGGACAUGGCGGUCCUGGGCGGGGUGCUGGGUGCGCUGCUGCUGCUGGCCAUCACUGGGCUCACGGUCCUGGUCCACAAGCACUACUGCCACCAGCUCGGGUGCUGCUCCCGCAAAGCUCCUCUG